CAUGGUCUGUAGGUGUCAAUUAACGUCAUCCGAAAAAUGGCACUUUAAAUUUUGAGUGAAGCUUUUUUGGAAAAUCUAGAAGUGAACAAUGGCCAAAAUUUACGUUGAAGAUCGCCCUUCCGUUUGAUUUAAUGUCCCAAUUUGAUCAGAAACGAAACUUUCGAAAAUAUUUCAACUUUUGGAGGGAACUGCUCAAAUCGAUAUCUAUACACGCCCGCGAGAUUGACGCAGUCGCGUAUUCUCGUUCUGUUUACAUCGACGUUAGUUAUGGUGCAACGAAGUAAAAAGACACUUUAUUUGAAUGUUCCCCAUUUAAAUUGUUCUAAAUAUGUUCCUCGGUGGAGAACUGCAUUACUUUUGCGUUCGACGCUUCUUUGAGUAAUUGGAACGGAAACUGGUCGAUUUUCAAAAUGGGCAACACUCAAGCGGGCGAAAUAAAAACGGCAAAAUCCGGCAAAUCGCCCAGCAAAGUCAAGGCCCUGAUGAAGAUACGGGGAAAGCGCGGCAAACCGGACGAUCCCCCAUUUACAGGGAUCGUUCCCGAAAAGCGCGACAAAACUCCCGAAAAACCGACGGAGGACGAAAUUGAAAAAAAGUUCGUGACUCCAACAAGUGGGGAAUCAAGUUCGGAAUCGGUUUUCACGGACCCCUCGGCCUUAACACCUGUUGGAUUUUCGACCGAAAUUAACGAAUGCUACUACAGUGACGAUAAUGUAAACAGCAUAAACGUGGUGAUUCCCGAUUCCGCCCCGAAGAAUUUCAUGGAGCUGCCGCUGAACAACUUUAAGCUGAACGAGUUUAAGAGGCGCAAGGAAGAGGAGCUCGGCAAGAAACUGAGCAAGCUCGGACUAUCAAAGACGAGCCAAAUCAGCCUUGAGAGCGACCUGCGCGAUUGCUUCGUGUCCGAAAAUGUGGAAUGCGUGGAACGGCCCGGCGAUAGUUCGUCACCUUUGAACCAGCGAUGUGAUGGAAUGGCCAAUUAUUCAUCCGGGCCGCCCGAGUAUAAGCGACCGACCUCGGUACCGGCAGCAUCCCCCGACGUUUCCGAGGGUAAUCUUGUGCUAAAACGCGUCAUUUCGCUUACUUUAGAUAAAGAUGUUAUGGAGAAUAAGGUUACGAAGCCAAAGUUUGUACCGGAAAAGCUCGAUUUUAAAUUGUACGAAAAGUUUGAAGGGUACAUGUUAAUCAACUGGUACUUAUCCGAGUUUUCGGAAAAUCAUCAAUUGAAGCAAUUGGUGCAGAAUCAAGACUUAAAAUUGCUAGCGACACAAUUUUGCACUCAUCUCUUGGCGGCAGGAGUUUUACAUCAAAUUCCCGACAAAGACGUGCCGAUGUAUAAUAUUUUCAAGCCGGAUUUAAUGUAUUACUGGGCGCACUCCGAAACUCCAGCUUCCGUUCCGCAAACACCGGGCCGUUUGAAUUCCCUCUCGUGGCCUCCCACUUCUCCCUGUCCUUCCGAUGUUUUCACUUCGAGUCCCAAUGGCGCCCCUAAGGAGUCCUCGCCGAUCCUUGAUGUUAAAUCUUCGGCGAAAGACGCGGAAAUACUCGCAUUAGAGGAAGAAGUUAGGUGUUUGAGGCAAGAUAUAGAAAAAUACAAGACGUUAAUUGAAAUCCAAACGUUAACUAGUAACGCGGUUAAGGAUUUCGGCUCGCCCGAUGACGAAAAUAAAAGUAUUAUUUGCCAACGCUGUGAUAUUUGUAGAAAUAAGUUAAAUGGUACCGAUGAUCAUAGUGAAACAAGCGCACAAUUCAUCGGAGAAGCACAGCCUGUAGCACAAUCCUCGCCAAUUUUAAAUGCAUCACAGGAUUCUACAGAUGAUUCGUUCGUACCCAACGAAGUUCCUGUACCACAACUCUUAACGGAUACUCCCGUGCGAAUGCCGCAAAAUGGUUUCCCAAUAGCCUCUCCUUCACUGUACAACUAUCAUACUCCUCCAACGUCGUUUCAAUGCCAAAAGGAGAAUGGCUGCACGCUUACGGCAAUAUCGUUAAGGAACCAAUUAACUGCAGAUCUCGAUGAAACCUCGCCGCCUAACUUACAUAUAUCCGCAACAGACAUUUCACCUCCGUGUAGCCCUCCGGCUGAUUUACCCGAUUUAGUGUGCCAUCCACCUGCUGCGCCUCCCCCGCUUCCAAUACAGGAAGUUCCUGCAAAAUCCCUGCCACCGGCACCUCCUCCUCCGCCCCCGCUGCCUCCGCAAAUGUACGACAUACCUCCGCCGCCGCCGCCUCCACCACCACCACAACUGGACGGCGUGCCCCCUCCGCCCCCACUCAUUACAAUACCGCCUCCACCUCCGCCGCCGCCAGUCUCCGGAAUACCACUGCCUCCUCCUCCACCCGGCGGCGCCCCUCCGCCUCCCCCUCCUCCACCCGGCAGCGCCCCUCCGCCGCCUCCUCCACUCGGCGGCGUACCCUCCGCCACCAAUCCGCUCCACCACCUGCACAACCACGGCGCUCCACCCCCACCUGCACAACCCACCGCCCAAUCACCGGCUCCCCUACCAACUCCCCCAGUAGGCGGAUGGAACCCUUACAAAUCCAUGUUAAGGAAAGAAGUGGUAACCCCCAAGGCUCCAAUGAAACCACUCUACUGGACGCGACUAAUAGUGCCAAACGCGGCGGCACCUACGAGCCCGUCGGCCGAACCAAUUUGGUCGCAAGUCGACGAACUGCACCUGGACAACAUCACCGAAUUCACCGACCUAUUCUCGCGACAGGUCAUCGCGCGAUCCGUCCCCAAGAAGAAGGUCGAAACGAAAUCGAAAAUCGAACCGAUCAAAAUCCUAGAUAGCAAGCGAUCGCAAAACGUCGGAAUUUUGGCGCAGAGUCUACACGUCGAAUUCGCCGAAAUCGAAAACGCGGUCUACACAUUUGACACCUCCAUCGUCAGUCUGGAGGCCCUGCAGCAAAUUUACGAAGUGAGGGCGAUACCUGAAGAACUGAGACAAAUCCGCGAGCACCUCGAAACCAAGCCCGACAUACCGUUGGACAAACCCGAGCAAUUUCUCUACGAGCUGUCCGAAAUAUCGAACUUUGCCGAAAGGGUCUCGUGCUUCAUGGUACAAAUUGAAUUCGAGGACUCGAUCGUUAACAUCGAACAUACCCUCACUAAUAUUACAUCAACGUGUGACUUCCUCACAAAUAACGAAUCCCUAAUCAAGCUGCUAUCGAUCAUUCUAACCCUUGGUAAUUACAUGAACGGUGGAAAUAUGAGCAGAGGACAAGCAGACGGUUACGGGCUCGAAAUCCUGGCGAAACUCAAGGAUGUCAAGUCGAAAGACGCCCAAGUGACCCUCUUGCACUUCGUAGUGGCCACCUACAUGAAGGAAUUCGACUAUCUCACGCUGAUCAACGCCCCUCUUCCCGUGCCCCAGCCGGAAGAAAUACGAAGAGCGGCCGCCGUAAAUUUUGACGAUGUCCAAGCAGACUUACAGGUGUUGCAGACGAACCUUAAAACGUGUGAAACUCGCAUUCAAAGAGUUCUGGAAUCAUCGACGGAGGAAUACGUUCAGCCAUUCAAGGAAAAAAUGGAGCGCUUCACGAAGAACGCGAAAGAUCAGUUAAAAUCGCAGUUCGAACACUUGGAACAAAGCAAAAAGGCAUUUGUGAAGACGAUGAAGAUGUAUCAGUACAAAACGAAAGCGGAAUCUCUCGAGGCUACGCCUCCUAGUGACUUUUUCGAAUUGUGGUAUCAAUUCUGUAAAGACUCAAAGGACAUUUGGAAAAAGGAGCUGAUACGAUUAGAAAAACAGAAAAUGAACGAAUUAAAGAAAUUACAAAACCAACGUAAGGAGGAACCAGUACGACAAAGCAUACGACCUAAUAGUCUUAAAGAAAAAGUUAUGAAGGUGAAACUACUGGAAGAGGAGAAUUAAAAAUUUGCCAAUUUUGUUAUUUGUUACUAUAUAAGUAUUGU